GAGAACUCUCAGAUGGUCUUCUUCGAAAACCUCCUGAAUUAUAAACCUGGUGGCCUGCAUCCCGUCCAUAUAGGCGAUACUUUUGCGGAGGGACGUUACGAGGUUAUCGACAAGCUUGGACAUGGUUGUUCGUCCACCAUCUGGCUCGUUCGCGACUCGACAACUGCAAACUACGUCUCACUCAAAAUCAUCGAGGCUUGUAGAUCGGAAUCGCCGAGUGAGUUUGCGGUCCUGAAGCAUCUAGAGGCAACAUAUGAUGCGGAAGAUGAGGGAAGUCAGUACGUGGUUCGAAUGCUUGACCAUUUUGUGCAUGAGGGACCGAAUGGAGCACAUCUCUGCAUUGUCCAGGAGCUCCUGGGGCCUUCUUUGACCUUGGACCUCGAAAGAUUCUACGACUCUGCCCUCCCUUCGGAGACAGCUAGUCGACUCGUUGGCCAGCUUGUUCUCGCUGUCGACUAUCUGCAUAAACGCGGAGUCGCCCAUGGUGACCUCCACACUGGAAAUAUCCUACUGUGUAUCCCCUCGACGCUCAAUUUCGAUUUCGGCAGUCCAAUAACAGACAACAGGAGACUGCCCACUACCCCCACUCCCCACAUGCCCAAGUAUCUCGUUAUACCUCUCGUCAGACGCUUCACCAACAGCUUUAUAUGGUCCUGCAUGCUUAAGCCACAGAUCAAACUCUGCGAUUUUAGCGAGUCUUAUAUGGCGAGCAUGACGACACCUCCACGACUUGCUUGCCCGCAUAUUCUCCGUCCACCGGAAGGCAUUCUCACUCAACUGCCACACGCAACCCUCGCGCUGGACAUUUGGGCUCUUGCUGUGGUCAUGUACCAAAUCUUGACUAACGGCGAACUGCUGUUUUUCCAAUUCGACGACUACAUUUUGGAGGCCAUCACUCUCACGCUGGGUAAAUUCCCUGAGCCAUUGUGGUCGAGCUGGAGCAAUCGGGCAGAGUUCUUCGACGACGAUGGAAACCCAGUCCAUCGCCCCGGCCAGUCUGACACUGCCUCCAUGACUUCCUUGAGCGAAAAAGCCGAGGGCCGGACAGACGAUAAACAGGAGAAUGCGGCACUCGCAGCCAUGUUGGAGAUGAUGUUGCGCUAUGAUGCGGAAAGCAGGAGUUCAAGCAGCGACUUGGUGCAAUGUGAAUGGAUAGUGGAAUAUUGCCGUCCUUACAUGGGCGACGAUGUUAUACUGCCGGAGGAACGAACCAAGGUGGUUUACCUCACGGAAAAGGAAUCAUGCGCUCGCAACACCUAA